AUGCGAGCAGAGCAAACACAGAUGUCUCAAAGAUCAGAGGAUGGAUCAGCAUCCAGUGAUAAUGCCUUAAACAAACGACUGAUCAGAGUCCCAUUGUCUGCACUUCAAAAGAUCGAGCAAAGUGAUGAAAAGGAAUCAAUGAAUAGAAACCAUUUUGAAAGCCCAUUGCCAAACACUGCAUUGGGUCUGAAUGAAAAUGAUACAGAUGAUCUACACCUGACACAAGAUGAAAUGAGAGAAAUACUAGAUGCAAAGGAAAAUGAAACAAGUGUCAGUAUGAUUGAUUUUGCAGGACAAUUUGCUUAUUAUGCUUGUCAUCAGAUCUACAUGAGAUCGGAAGCAUUCUACAUACUGGUGAUGGAUAUGAGUAAAGCUUUCCAAGAUGCGGUUAAUAGUGAAACAAAUGAACGCCAGGGUUCUAUCUUUUCUACGUGGACUUACAAAGAUUAUCUUUACUUCUGGCUUGACUCCAUAAAAUCGUUUAGUGGAACUUCUGCACAAAUUCUUGUGGUGGCUACGCAUGCAGAAGGCAAGACAGAUGAGGAAAAGGACUCUUUCUGGGAGAGUCUUUGGACGUUAUUACCAGAGUAUGAUAAGACGAGGAUUUACGACAGUGACUUUGCAUUAGGACUACUGGAGAUGAAUGAACAAGGGAGGCAUGCUCUGGAGAGUCUAAAAACAUCAAUAGCAGACGUAGUAUCGCAAAUCAUGGACACAGGGAUAGAAGUUCCCUCAGCUUGGGCUCUUCUUGAGCAUCUCUUGAAAAAAACAGAAAAACCUAUCUUGUCAAUCAGUGACAUCAACGAAGAGAAUAAGAAACUUCCUGAAGAAUACCAAUUGAAAAGUCAAGAAGAAAUAUAUGAUUUUCUGUCCUUUUUCCAUAGUCAUGGAGUGUUACUAUUUUUUAUGGAGGAAGGACUGAAAACACACGCAAUUCUCGGUAUACAAUGGUUUUCCGAUGCAUUCAGUAAACUUAUUGCCGACAAGAGCCACAUAAAUAGAGACUGUCAACGACGACAUAUCAAGGAAUGGGACUAUUUUAAUGCCACGGGAAAUCUGAAGAAUUCACUUGUAGAUGCUCUUUGGAAAAAGGAACAAUCUUAUUUGGAACACAAGACUGAGCUUAUGGCAUAUAUGGAGAGACUACGAAUGUUAGUCAACAUUGGUGAGUCAGAAGGCGAAAUAUCUUGGUAUGUUCCUUGCAUGAACAAUAAGCGUUUUACACGGGAUGUUUGUAGAUGGGAAAGGAAAUACUCGUCAAUUUUGAGUUUUCGGUUCAUAUCCUUUGCCAUGUUCGUGUAUUACAGACUUAUUGCAUAUUGCAUGAGUUUCCUCAAGUGGAAUGUGCAGUUGGAUAAAGAAAACAGCCUAUGUCUUUAUCACACAGCAGCAAUUUUUGAAACCCAAAAUCACACAGUUAUCGUUGGUAUAAUUGAUAAUGACCUCCAGAUUCAAGUCCUCCGAAUCAAGAAUCUGAAUCCCAAAGUUUCAUGUGAAAUUGGAAAAACAAUCGAAUUUGCCUUAACAGAAUUGACGAAGACAUUUGAUGAGAAGAAGUCCUUCGUAAAAGGUUACAAAUGUUUGAAUCUGUUCUGUAGUGAAGAUGAUAUGUCAUUUAUUCCAGAAAAUAAACUGUCUGGGGUCCAAUGCAACUGUCCAAUUGAGGAAAAACAUGAAAUGGAUGUACAAUGGACGCUCUAUUUUUGGAAGGAGGAUAUUGUUUGCGACAAGAAUCCAAAGUCGUUUGGAAGAAAUCUUGACGGUCGUACUAGAUUUGCAAAACUUGGAAUGGCAAUAAAUGAUGUGUUAACUCAGACAUAUAGAGACAUUUUAGAGAAAGAGAUUCCCUCUUCUCAGAUAAUGGGUAAAGUGGAAUUAACAAAAAGAUAUAAAAACCUCCACUGUGAACAACAAAAUCUUUUGAAGGACGCCAAAAACUCUGGUUAUAAAAAAUUUGAUAUAACUCUUCUCUAUACUCUGAUGAGAAACUUUUCUACAACAACCCCGAGGCCAACACAUGGUUGGGGUUUAAAGGCCCCACCUGCAGCAGGGGAGAUAACUGUGGGGGAUGACAUUGAAAGGAUCCGACUGAUUCGAAACAAAGUGUAUGGUCACGUUAAUUCAGCUUCAGUCUCACAAGCAGAAUUUGAUGAUAACUGGUCAAUCAUCUCUGAUAUCUGCAAACGACUUGAAACAUAUACUGGAAAAAGCUACUCAAAUGAACUUGAUAACAUUAAGAAACUUUCCUUGGGAGAAGAUAGCCGAGAGGCAAUUAUAGAAAAAAUUAAAGUAAACAAAGAAAUACUCGAUAAAAUGCAGUCAAUGGAAACUGGUAUACAGUCUAUACAGAUAGAUGCAAACUUAAUAAAAGCAGAUUUGCAAGAAAUAAAAUUAGCUGUGACUUGUGAGAGGAAAGAUGAAGAGGAGUCUUGUUGGCCAAGAAGGUGUGGAAUCUUGUAA